CGGAGGAGGAGGAGGGAGCGAGGAGGCGCGCGGCCCCCCGCUCCCUCCCUCCCCCCCUGACCCCCGACCCCCGCCGGCCGGCCCCCCGCCCCAGCCCCGGAGGGAGCUCAUGGGAGCAUGAAGGAGAUGGUAGGAGGCUGCUGCGUAUGUUCGGACGAGAGGGGCUGGGCCGAGAACCCGCUGGUCUACUGUGAUGGGCACGCGUGCAGCGUGGCUGUCCACCAAGCUUGCUAUGGCAUCGUCCAGGUGCCCACAGGACCCUGGUUCUGCCGGAAAUGUGAAUCUCAGGAGCGAGCAGCCAGGGUGAGGUGUGAGCUGUGCCCACACAAAGACGGGGCAUUGAAGAGGACUGACAAUGGAGGCUGGGCCCACGUGGUGUGUGCCCUCUACAUCCCCGAGGUGCAGUUCGCCAACGUGCUCACCAUGGAGCCCAUCGUGCUGCAGUACGUGCCUCACGAUCGCUUCAACAAGACCUGCUACAUCUGCGAGGAGCAGGGCCGCGAGAGCAAGGCUGCCUCCGGAGCCUGCAUGACCUGCAACCGCCACGGAUGUCGACAAGCUUUCCACGUCACCUGUGCCCAAAUGGCAGGCCUGCUGUGCGAGGAAGAGGUGCUGGAGGUUGACAACGUCAAGUACUGCGGCUACUGCAAAUACCACUUCAGCAAGAUGAAGACUUCCCGGCACACCGGCGGGGCAGGCGGCGGAGCGGCGGCCGCGGGAGGCGGCGGCGGCACCGGGGGAGGCGGCAGUGGCUUCAUCGCUGGCCGGAGAAGCCGGUCAGCCUCCCCGUCCGCCCAGCAGGACAAGCACCCUUCCCACCACGAAAGGGCACAGAAGAAGAGCCGAAAGGACAAGGAACGCCUUAAACAGAAGCACAAGAAGCGGCCUGACUCACCCUCCAGCAUCCUCACCCCACCCGCGGCCCCCGCUGCUGACAAGGCCUCCUCCUCAGCUUCCUCCUCCUCCCACCACGAGGCCAGCACUCAGGAGACCUCCGAGAGCAACAGGGACCCGAAGGGGAAAAAGUCUUCCAGCCAUAGCCUGAGUCACAAGGGGAAGAAGCUGAGCAGUGGGAAAGGUGUGAGCAGUUUCACCUCCGCCUCCUCCUCCUCUUCCUCCUCCUCUUCCUCCUCCUCUUCCUCCUCCUCUUCCUCCUCCUCUGGGGGCCCCUUCCAGCCUGCAGUUGCGUCCCUGCAGAGCUCCCCCGACUUCUCUGCCUUCCCCAAGCUGGAGCAGCCGGAGGAGGACAAGUACUCCAAGCCCGCGGCCGCCACCCCUCCAGCCCCCCCCUCCCCCUCGGCUCCCGAGCCCCCCAAGACUGACCUCUUUGAGCAGAAGGUGGUCUUCUCCAGCUUUGGGCCCAUCAUGCGCUUCUCCACCUCCACCUCCACCUCCACCUCCAGCUCAGGCCGGGCCCGGGCCCCAUCCCCCGGGGACUACAAGUCUCCUCACCUCUCAGGGUCUGGGACCUCAGCAGGCACCCACAAGCGGAUGCCCACCCUGAGCGCUGCCCCCGCGCCCGCCGAAGAGACCCCCCCUGAGACAGGCGUGAAGGAGAAGAAGCACAAAGCCAGCAAGAGGAGCCGCCACGGGCCAGGCCGUCCCAAGGGCGGCCGGAACGAGGAGUGUGUAGGCGCCCCCGCGGCGCCCUCCCUGCCUGGCGCCCAGCUGGCUGGCUUCACCGCCACGGCGGCCUCACCCUUCUCAGGAGGCUCCCUGGUCAGCUCCGGCCUGGGCGGUCUGGCCUCCCGCACCUUCGGGCCUUCCUUAAGCCUGCCCAGCCUGAGCCUGGAGUCCCCCCUGCUGGGGGCAGGCAUCUACACCAGUAACAAGGACCCCAUCUCCCACGGCGGCAGCGGGAUGCUGCGGACGGUCUGCAGCACCCCCCUCUCUUCCAGCCUGCUGGGGCCCCCCGGGACCUCUGCCUUGCCCCGCCUCAGCCGCUCCCCGUUCACCAGCACCCUCCCCUCCUCUUCUGCUUCUAUCUCCACCACUCAGGUGUUUUCUCUGGCUGGCUCUACCUUUAGCCUCCCUUCUACCCACAUCUUUGGAACCCCCAUGGGUGUCGUUAACCCCAUCCUUACCCAAGCUGAGAGCAGCCACACAGAGCCAGACCUGGAGGACUGCAGCUUCCGGUGUCGGGGGACCUCCCCUCAGGAGAGUCUGUCUUCCAUGUCCCCCAUCAGCAGCCUCCCCGCACUCUUCGACCAGACGGCGUCCGCACCCUGCGGGGGCGGCCAGGUAGACCCAGCAGCCCCCGGGACGACCAACAUGGAGCAGCUGCUGGAGAAGCAGGGCGACGGCGAGGCCGGCGUCAACAUCGUUGAGAUGCUGAAGGCGCUGCACGCGCUGCAGAAGGAAAACCAGCGGCUGCAGGAGCAGAUCCUGAGCCUGACGGCCAAGAAGGAGCGGCUGCAGAUUCUCAACGUGCAGCUCUCCGUGCCCUUCCCCGCCCUGCCCGCCGUCCUGCCCGCCGCCAACGGCCCUGUCCCUGGGCCCUACGGCCUGCCUCCCCCAGCCGGCAGCAGCGACUCCUUGAGCACCAGCAAGAGCCCUCCCGGGAAGAACAGCCUCGGCCUGGACAACUCGCUGUCCACGUCCUCGGAGGACCCACACUCAGGCUGCCCGAGCCGCAGCAGCUCCUCGCUGUCCUUCCACAGCACGCCCCCGCCGCUGCCCCUGCUCCAGCAGAGCCCGGCCACACUGCCCCUGGCCCUGCCCGGAGCCCCCGCCCCACUCCCAGCCCAGCCGCAGAACGGGCUGGGCCGAGCACCGGGGGCAGCGGGGCUGGGGGCGAUGCCCAUGGCCGAGGGGCUGUUGGGGGGGCUGGCGGGCAGUGGGGCACUGCCCCUCAAUGGGCUCCUGGGGGGGCUGAAUGGGGCUGCUGCCCCCAACCCUGCAGGCUUGAGCCAGGCCGGUGGGGCUCCUACGCUGCAGCUGCCAGGCUGUCUCAACAGCCUCACGGAGCAGCAGAGACACCUCCUGCAGCAGCAAGAGCAGCAGCUCCAGCAGCUCCAGCAGCUCCUGGCCUCCCCACAGCUGACCCCGGAACACCAGACCGUGGUCUACCAGAUGAUCCAGCAGAUCCAGCAGAAGCGGGAGCUGCAGCGGCUGCAGAUGGCCGGGGGCUCCCAGCUGCCCAUGGCCAGCCUGCUGGCAGGAAGCUCUGCCCCCCUGCUGUCUGCGGGCACUCCUGGCCUGCUGCCCGCGGCACCCGCCCCACCCCUGCUGCCCGCCGGAGCCCUGGUGGCUCCCUCCCUCGGCAACAACACGAGUCUCAUGGCCGCAGCAGCUGCGGCCGCAGCAGCAGUAGCGGCAGCGGGCGGCCCUCCGGUCCUGACUGCUCAGACCAACCCCUUCCUCAGCCUGUCGGGGGCGGACGGCCCCAAAGGAGGGACCGCUGACAAAGGAGCCUCAGCCAACCAGGAAAAAGGCUAACUCCGUCCACACCCCUCCUGACCCCCAAAGCGGAGGGGGCAGUCCCGGCUUGAGGGGGUCCUAGCCUGGAGCAGGCACCUGCGCCCCGAUCCUGGAGAGCCCCAGCCCGGAGCGCGCACGCGCUGAGACCUGGCGAGUGUGGGUGCGCCCGGUGCUGGGGACUGAGCCUGAGCGGGGAGCGCCUUCUCUCUGGCCUCUCUCCCCUCUGCAGAGACCGAGGGAGGACGGCUCCACGCGGACCUAGGAGCCAAGGCGCUGAGGUCCUCCAGGGAGCAGAGUGGGCCGUGGCAUAGGUGGGGGGUUGGCUGGACCCGCCACAUAAAACGAAUCAGCACUUGUGUGGGGUGGGUCCCGGGCCUGCCCCUGCGCAGAACCUGCUAAGGAGGAAGGGGUGGCCUGCUGUACCUGCAGCUUCCGCCCGCCGUGGGCAGAUGGCAGGAGGGUCCCUUAGGCCGUUCCUCACCGUCUUCUCCCCCUGCCCCCAACAAGGGCCACAAGCUGAGCUUGUAAAAGCCCACAGACGGGGAGGCUGAGGCAGGGGCGGAUGGCCUCUAACUCCGCCCCAGCCUCCCCACCUCUGGGGGAGGCCCAGGGAUGGGGGCGGGCCCAGCCCCCCUGCUGCCUGCCCCUUUUUGCACUAUUGGAUAUUGGAUUUAGGAGUGCCGAGGGUGGGGAGAUGGAGCUAGCUGCGUGUGUGCGUGUGCGUGUGUGUGUGUGUGUGUGUAUACACGUGUGUACGUCUGUCUCCCUUGACCUGGGGCAGCCAAGGACAGGGAUAGGAGCAGUUCUCAGAAGGGGGCUCCCAGCUCUUGUUUGCACCCUCAUCAACUUUGGUCCCUUUCUGGGGCAUGAAUGGUUAACAAAAAUCAGGACAGAACUCCAAUACUGGAGAGUGACAGGGGGCUGAGGGCUUUGAAUCAGGGUAAAUCCUGCCUUCCCUUCCCCAGACCCCUCAGAGCGCCCCUCCCUCCACCUGCUUCCCUGGCACAAGGGGAGCCCCAGGGAUUGGGGGACAGAGCAGGGGGGGCGGGAUCCACUUCCUUUGGUGAAGACCUUCCCCCCAGAAUAAGCCAGCCUACUUCCUGCACCGUACCGCCACCUCCACCAACCAGGGGAGACUUAGCUUACGCUGACCUAACAACUGUCCCUCCACCCACCAGCUCUUCCCCCUCGGGGUUUAGUGGGCUUAGAUUCUCACCUUACCGAGCCCCACCUGCCCCGAGCCUUUGGUGGCAAAGGCCUGGGAGGCAGGGGGACGGCCAGGAGAGGGCGAGGUUGAAGCCUGUGUCCGUGUCAGUUGCACUGGGGUUGGAGCCAGGAGAAGGCAUGUCCAGCUUUCCCUGACGCUCAUGUCUUGUCAGUCUCUUUGCAUGUGGGGAUGUGAGUGUGUGUGUGUGUGUGUGUGUGUGUUUGUUCCUGUUUGGGUUUUUGUUGGUUUUUUUUUUUUAAUAAAGAAAAGAAGAUGUGUAUAUUUUUGGCAAUGACAGAAACGUAGUGCAGAUAUAUUUUUGCCUGUGCUGCUCAACUGGUCUUUUUCUGAUACUGAAAAUAAUAUUAAUAUUACUGUUGAUGAGACUUUGUCAUAUGUUAGGGAGCUGAUCAUGGAGGGGGUGGGUGGGAAUCCGUCCAAGGCAAUUUCUUAGGCCCUUGCGAGGGCUUGGAGGGUAGGGGGGGGGGGGAAGGGCGGCCGUUGUGAUGACCUCAGAAAUACUCACUUUUUAUUAAUGCUAAAUAUCAGUUAGCAAUGGUAGAACUCAGCGUCAUAUUAAUCUUCACCUAUGAAGCUGUCUCACUCCUGCCCCCAAAUCACUGAAAAGAAAAGCAGCU